GCCCGCGCGCCCACCGGCCCCGCGCAGGAGGCGGCGCCGCCGCCGCGGUGAUGCGGCCGCGGUGAGCCCCGGGUGCCUCCGCCGCCCUCCCGCCGCAUCGGGCAGCGCGGCCCCGCCGCCGCCCCGCGCCCGUUCGCGGAUCCUGCCUGCGGCCGCCGCCAUGCCGGGCCGCCGCUGAGGGAGGCGCCGACAGCAGCAGGGGCCCCGCGGCGGGGCGGGUAUGGCCCGCAGGGACCUGCAGUAGCGCCGCCGCCGCUGCCGCCCGGGCCGAGCCGCCGCUCGGAGCGAGGCCUCCCCCGCGGGAGGCGGAGGAGGAGCCGGCGCGGCCCCCUCUGGCAGGGCCGCCGCGGCCUCCGCGCUGCCGCCGGCGCUGCCGCGCGGCUCCAGGUGGCCCCGGACCAAGGUGACACCCGGCCGGCCCCCGCCCCGGGGCCACCUGCCCCCGCGGCCCGCGCAGACCUUCUUCGCACCGCGCAGCCGGCGGCGAGCGAGCGGCGGCGAUGAACCCGGUGAAUGCCACUGCUCUCUACGUGUCCGCGAGCCGCCUGGUGCUCAACUACGACCCGGCGGACCCCCAGUCCUUUUCCGAGAUUAACAAGCUCCUGCCCUACUUCAGGCAAUCCCUCUCCUGCUGCGUGUGCGGAAAUUUGCUACAAGACCCUAUUGCUCCUACCAACUCCAAUUGUCAGCAUUAUGUCUGCAAAACGUGUAAAGGCAAGAAGAUGAUGAUGAAGCCCUCGUGUAGCUGGUGCAAGGACUACGAGCAGUUUGAGGAGAACAAGCAGCUGAGCAUCCUGGUGAACUGCUACAAGAAGCUGUGUGAGUACAUCACGCAGACACCACUGGCCCGGGACAUCAUCCAGGCCGUGGAUUGCUCUGCAGACCUGCUAGCUCUGCUCAAGGAUGGGGCGCCGCUCCACGAGGAGACGGAGAAAUCCUCGGAUGCAGCCCUGGCUCUGUGUCUGACGCAUUCCCCAGUCCCUUCCACCUCGGAGCUGGCGACGGACGCGCAGGGGGGGUUCACGGCGCUGCCCGAGAGCACCCCCAGCCUGGACCUGCGGGGCUCUGUCAUCAACGGGCUGCCCCCCUGUAACGGGCUGUCGGUGGAGAAGCUCGGCGUGAGCAUCCCCUCUCCUGAGCACGCCAGCGCCAUCGAUGUGUGCGGCACCGGUGAUUACAUCAAGACAGAGGACAUCCCCGGCAGCCUGCAGCCCGUGUGUGACACGGUGGCCACCAGCGACCUGUGCCCCGCGGGCAUCGACAUCUGCGGCUUCAGCGAGGACAUCAAGCCGGGCGGGUCGCUGCUGCUCAGCGUCGAGGAGGUGCUGCGCAGCCUGGAGACCGUGUCCAGCAGCGAGGUGUGCGACUCCAACCUGCAGCCUGGCUUGGAGGCAAACAUGGCCAACGGCCCCUUCCUGCAGCUCUCCCCCCCUCCCCUCAGCCAUAACAUUUUCAUGUCCACAGAUGCUUCUCCUCAUGGGCUCUCCUGCACGGCAGCCACACCCAAGGUGGCAAAGCUGAACAGGAAGCGCUCUCGCUCCGAAAGCGACAGUGAGAAGGUUCAGCCUCUGCCCAUCUCCAGCAUCAUCUGUGGCCCGACGCUGGGAGCAUCGGCUCCUGUGACAGUCAAACAGGAAAAUAAAAUGUCUUUGCAGCCUAUUGCGACUGUACCUAAUGGAGGAACUACUCCCAAAAUCAGUAAAACUGUGCUCCUGUCUAACAAAAGCAUGAAAAAGAACUUAGAACAUGCCCCUAAGAAAUCCCACCCAAAAGCCAAACCAGGGGUGCUGAAAACAAAAGAUAAGGCAAAGGAGAAAGUUCCCAGCAGUAAUGUUAUGCCAGGAAGCCCAACAAAAACUGUGUACAAAAAGCCACAAGAAAAGAAAGGGUGUAAAUGUGGUCGUGCCACCCAAAAUCCAAGUGUUCUUACAUGCCGUGGCCAACGCUGCCCUUGCUACUCUAACCGCAAAGCCUGCCUUGACUGCAUAUGCCGUGGCUGCCAAAACUCCUACAUGGCUAACGGGGAGAAGAAGCUGGAGGCCUUUGCAGUGCCAGAAAAGGCCUUGGAGCAGACUCGGCUUACUUUGGGCAUUAAUGUGACAAGCAUUGCCGUGCGCAAUGCCAGCACAAGCACCAGUGUAAUCAAUGUGACAGGGUCACCAGUAACGACGUUUUUAGCUGCCAGUACACACGAUGAGAAAAGUUUGGAUGAAGCUAUAGACAUGAGAUAUGACUGUUAAACCUUUCUUUCUUUUCCCUGCCAUCCGUAGGGGAACUGCUACAGGUUUAAGGCAGCUAUGGUUCUGUUUAACUUGCUGGAGCUCCUGCGUUUAGAUCACUUGUAUCAAGUGUUUUUCAUUGCUAUGUUCUGUGUAUUAGUGUCUGGGAAAUAGUUGCAGAUAAUGGAGGAGUUACCCUAAAACUGUUUUAGUUCUUACAGCACCUCAUAGUUUGAGAUCGAUUGCUGAUGUAAAUGAUUUUAUCACACGAUCUUCUGACAAGGAAUAUAUUUGACCUCAUUGUACUUGCUCAUGCUUUGUGCUCAGUCAAAGCUUCAGCUUCGGUGUAGCAUCCAGAUAGUGCAUCUCAGCUGUGCUAGAUGAUGGUGUAGAAGAAUAAUCAUUUGAUGGGUUACUGUCACCACAAGCAGGAAAUGACCUGAUGUUCCUGUGGGAAGGGCCGCACUGAACUGGGGGAUACACUCCGGAAAGGGUGGGUAGUGCUGAUUGUGAGAAUUGGUUGUGCCCUCUACUAAACAGCAGACAGUUAAAAAAAGAUUAAUAAAUAAUACUGAGCAAGCUGGUGGGCCAAAAGGCGUCUCAGGCUGCAGGCGAGGCUCAGCAGGGUUGGGUGGAUGCAGAGGUCGAGCUCCAGCUUGGAUACCCCAUCCUGGUAAUGACAUCAUCCUUGGGGUGUGUCUUCCUGACACUUCACAGGUCAUGUCCCUGCUCAGUUGCCCCUCUGUGCCAGCCCCCUGUGUGUGACAAGUCACUGAGGGGCUGGGCUGCAGGAGAACAUCACUGGUACCCUACGAAGGCUCAAGUUCUGUUAGCACCAUCCUCUCCCUUUCCAAAGUUCCUGCUGUCUUACUGCUGUUGCUUCUAGGGUAGAGAAGGGGUUUUGUGGAUUACAGGGAGUCCUUGGCUGAUUUUCUCCCCUCUGGUGCUGAUCAGUGCCAGGACUACAGGGAGAUUCUGCAGCACUUAC